UUAUUAAUAAUAUUGUGGACACAUACAUGAAUCAUAUAAGAUGAUAAAUGAUAGUUUGAAACAAUAUACGUUUCCUGUCAUACAUAUUUGCUAUCAUCAUUUUAUAUUGUCAUACUUAUGCAAAUGAGACUUAUCUUUUAAUAUAUUUUAGAAUUAUUUGCUAUAGCUACAUAUAAUAUCUAAAGGCCUGAUCUGAGCUUAACUUUUAAAAUUAUGGCCAAAACAACAAUCUUUGCUAAUAUCUAAAAAUUAAGAAGUCUUAGAAUUUCAAAUACAAUACUAGUAGCAUGCAAAUGCUUUGUCAAGGACAAAAUAGGAUCACAAGUCAAAACAUGUACUUUUUCUUUAAAGUAUCCGCUUUUUAAUACCACAUUUUUUUCCUUCCUAGCUUCCUAUUUUUUUUUAAUUACAAAUUAUUUAACUAUCGGUAUUAAUUUAAUGAUUAAUUUUAGGAGUGUCCGGGCCAUUUCCAUCGAAUUCGCCUUGAGAGUGAAUGAUCGUACUGCGUCGUCGCAGAAUCGAUAAAAAUUAAUAGAUUCAAUUGGACUCAAUCCUGUUCGUAUUGAAGUAUUCGACGAUCAGAAUUCUUCAAGGCUUUUCACGUGGCGUCCACGUGGUCUUCGUCGUCUUCUCUCUCGGUUCGCUCUAUUCUCUCCGCGUUUUCGGCGUCGGGACACCGAUGCGAAACGCGUAGAAAUACUACAGCGUAUCGCGCGAUCCUAAUAUGCGUAUGCGUGCGUGCGAGUAAAUUUCUUCCGACCGAACCCGCGCGUCACCGACCGCCGCGUCUAUUCACGCUGGCCUAUCGUUAUCGCACCGCCUCUGUCUUCGUCUUUCUCUCUCUCUCUCUUUCUUUCUUGCUCUUCUUUUUAUUCACGCUAUGGCCGUUCCGUCUUUCUGUCGCCUCUUUUCCCCGCUCUGUUAGCGACUCUCUUCGCGCAUUAGUAUGUUCUCUUGUAACUUUCGACCUCUCGCUCCUGUUCGCAGCCAAACAUCGGUUGCGUCCUUAGUUUACGUUCGACGGCGCGAUCGGUCGGUUGGUCCUCGAGGGCGAUUAGUCGGGCGCUUUGUGUUUUCUUCUUUCUUCUAGUCUCCCCCUCUCCCUUUUGCCGUCGCCGCCGACGUCAUCUUCCUCUUCGGAGCCGGCGCGAUUCCGAAGAAGUUGGUGAACCGUCAGACAUGUGAUACACCCAGCACUCCGCUGCCACGCUCGAGGAUCGUCUGCACCGAUAUCUUUUAAGACGUCAAUAGUUGACGAACAUCACUGUCGAUAACAAUGACGACCGAAGAGGAAACCGGAAACACUGAAAGCUUCGCUUUGGAAAACCAUGCCGAUCGCACAGCAGCGGACGAUGCAAUUAAUUUGGCCGACACGGCUUCGGAACCGCCCGACGGCGGCCUCAGAGCCUGGAUGAUCAUGAUCGGCAGUUUCACGAUCAACGGUGUGCUCUUCAGCAUCAUCAACACGUAUUCCCUUAUCUAUUCGGAGCUGCAAAAGCGACUGACGGAAGCCGGAGAAACCGAAGUGUCCUCCAAGGCGGCUUUAGUUGGCUCGCUGACUAUAGGAACUACAUUCUUCCUGUCGCCGGUCGCCGGCAUAAUGACAGACAAAUUCGGCAUUCAGAUGACUACUUUUGUGGGAGGUGCAAUCGCGUCAACCGGUUUAUUUCUCUCCUCGCUGCUGAUUAAUAGGGUGGAACUGCUUUAUUUAACGUACGGCGUUAUGUACGGACUUGGUGCGAGUCUCGCUUACACUCCGAGUCUUGUAAUAUUGGGCCACUACUUCAAAAAGUAUCUGGGUUUGGUGAACGGUAUCGUCACGGCUGGAAGUUCCGUAUUCACGACACUUAUUCCUUUUCUGAUGGAACUCUUGCUGCGACGUUUGGGUCUAGAAGGAACGCUGAGAAGCAUGGCCAUGCUCACCGCCAUCAUUAUGGCUUGCGCUAUACUUUUCAAACCGAUACCGUUGAAUCUGCCGCAGCAAGACAAACCGCAACCCACGAGAAAAUCAUUGCGGAGUCGUUUGAAAGAAUUUGUGAACGUAUCUAUCUGGAAGAAAAAACGAUACGUCGUGUGGGCUAGUUCUAUUCCUCUUGCUAUCUUUGGAUAUUUCGUCCCGUAUGUUCACAUAGGCAAAUUCGUGGAUACAACUUUUAAGAACGCGGAUGGCAAGCUACCAGUCAUGUGCAUCGGCAUCACUUCCGGUAUUGGUCGAUUAUUUUUCGGCUACAUUGCCGACUUCCCGAAAGUCGACCGAAUAUUGUUGCAGCAGAUCUCAUUUAUAAGUAUCGGUAUUCUCACGAUGCUCCUUCCGUUCACUAAAUCCUUUUACGUACUCCUGGCUAUCUCCCUGGGCAUGGGACUGUUCGAUGGAUGCUUCAUAUCAUUACUUGGACCGAUCGCGUUUGAUAUCUGUGGACGCAACGGCGCAACUCAGGCCAUCGGGUUCCUCCUAGGGAUGUGCUCUAUACCUCUAACAGUUGGUCCACCAAUUGCAGGACUCCUGUAUGAUCACACCGGUUCCUAUGAUCUGCCUUUCAUGUUAGCCGGCGUUCCUCCAAUAGUGGGAGCGUUGACGAUGUUUUUAAUCAGGUGCGUUAAAGAGAAUCGGAAUGAAAGCUCAAGCGAUUCCACGGAGAAUCCUCCCCUGACCAAAACGGAAUGCCAGAAUGGGGAGAUGAGAAGUAAUGGUUUCCUACCGAGAUCUGUUACUGAGCUGAAAAAACCAACAGAGCAAAAUCCAUCAUUGUUUCAGCGCCAUCCUGUCAGAGCAGAAACUGAAUUGCAGGAAUGUUCAGUACACUAUAAUUGCGGACGCGAAUAUGAUGACUAUCAUAGAUAUUCAGAGAGCGUACCUUUGCUUCGAGAGAAAAGAGCUUUGCAACCGAGUACGAGUUUUUAUCAACGAACAGCGCAAUCAUCGAUGGUUCUCACAUUCUAAACUCACAUUUUGACGUCACAAAUGUUUUUUUUUUUGUGAAAUUUCAUCGCUCAUACUUUAUAAUCGUUAAAUUUCAUUAAACUUUCUUCAGUGAGAAAUAUUGUUUUUUAAUAAUACAGUAUACGAUGGAUACAUCUAUUGUAACAAAUGUGUAUAUAUUAUAAUUAUAUAUAAUAUUAUAUAUAUAUAAUAAUAUUAUAUAUAGAAAAAAUUAAAAUAUAUACAUAUUCGUUACGAUAGAUGUAUUUUGCGUAUAUAUUAUAUAUAUAAUAUUAUAGGCAUUAAAUACUAUAAUAUUAUAUUUACACACACACACACACACACACACACACACACACACACACACACACACACACACACACACACACAUUAAAAUUUAUUAUAACGAUUGUUAAAUUAGGAGGGUUAAACGGUAAAAUGUAUUUUUUUAAAUCUUGCGCUCCGGAAGAUAUCAAUUACUGUUAUAUCAAUUUUAGCGUGUUCCAAAAUAUGUAGCUAAUUUUUGGAAAGACGUACUUAUACUAAAAUGAUCAAUUUAAGCUUUCCAGCUACUAGUCGAAACAACGAAACAUCGAACGUCAGUGACAAAUAAAAGCAUUAAUAUAAUCAAUGAUUUAAAUUUUAAAUGAUAUAUUUAUUAAAACUAUAUUUGAUUAAUAAAAAAAAAAAUAAAAAGCUGUUAACUAUUAUACAAUUAUAGUAUAAUAUCAAUCUAACUAGAGCUAUCUCAAUUAGAACGUGCCUAUUAAAAUUAAGAACGUUAUUAUAACAAAACACUAAUUUUGCUAAAGUAAGCAAUUAAUUAGGAAUAGUAAUAAUACUCAAAAAAUGUAUUCUUGUAAAAUGAAAAAAUAGAUAUAUAAGUUACGUUUUUGCAAAAAAAAGUCCACGUGUGACACGUGCCAAAUAUAUGUUAACGCAGAUGAAACUUCUACAGAAUUGUUGGUUUUAAAUAUACGAUAGUAUUAAAUUAUUGUUGAAUCAUAAAUAGAUGAAUAGUGUUAGGCUGUCUCGAUGUUUCAAUGUUCGAGCGAUAACACAUGUAUCUUCGUAAUUACAGGGUACAAAUUGUAGCAUAAAUUUGCUAGUUAUACAUCGCAGAAUCAUAAGCAUAAUUAAUAAUGCACAAUAUUUUGUUUAAUAUAUUUUCCAGAAAAUCAUGUGAUAUCAAGAAAAAGUACAACAAAUGUAUGAAAUAUAUUUUCCUCUUUAUCCAAUAAGAAAUAUAACAGAUACUUUCAUGUGCAUUAUUAAUUAAAAUUUAACAUAAUUUGUAAAAUAUAAGUAUGAAACAAAGCAGCAUUUAAACAAGUUUAAAUUCUAUCAGAAUCAAUUUCUCUACAAUAGCAUUUAUUUUUUAAUCUUUAAUAUAUUUAUGUAUAUAAAUUUCAUUGAUUGCAUUAUAUAAUUGUUACGCCACUGUUACUUGUGUUAUGAAAAAUUUGUGCAAUACAAUAAAUAUGAAUUUUACAGAUUAAUGAUAAACGUCAAAGCAUACAAUUGUGACAUACAAUGAAUUUUAUACAUGCUAAAUUUUAUUGAAAUAUUGUCUCUUGUUAUCACUUAACUAUAUUGUUUUAUUAAAAUUAAUACAUGCCUAACUUAAUAGAAAAGAAAAUAUAACAAAUCCAGUAUUUAUAUAUGAAAAGAGGAAUUGCAUCACACAUGAUAUUGACUUUUAUAUGAAAAAUGAAAAUGACAUCUAUAAAAAUAUAUUAACAUGUGAAAAGGAAAAA